CGAAGCUCUCUCCGUGGCCCGAUCAGAACGAAGGCGAACCCAGACUUAACUUCUUCACUCUCUCACGUCUCCAUUGAAUCUUCCUCUUCUGCUUCCUUUGAUUUGCGCGACAACCAAUCCGUACACGUCUCCUUCUUCGGGACCUUCACGAUCUCGCCUCCGAGUCGCCGGUGAAGAUUCACACUGACACUCCUUUGUCCGUUUUCUCCGGCAAAGUUCGCCGCCAUGAACUGCGAGGUCUGCCAGCUCAAGGAACUGGAAGUGGAGCACUAUGAGAUUCGGGAAGUUCUGCGGUGCAUCCUGCAUACUAUUAUUUUUCAUCGUGCUUUAGGUCUUGUGCGGCCCAAGGAAAUCGACUUGGAACUUUUCGAAAUUACAUAUGUGCAAUGUGGAGAUGUAGAUGUUGAGAAGAAAAUAGAUGAAAAGAUAGAGCAGUUUAUAUGUUGGGUGGAGAAGCACCCAAACAAGAAAAGUCAGAUAUGUCUAUCUUUCUUCGAAGUGAAAAAUAAACAGGCAUCAUGGUUCACAAACAAAAUUGAGCGCCUGUAUUGGGAACAGUGGUACAUCAACUUGAACGUAGCCCAACAGCCAAAAGUACAUUCUAGCAAAUCAUACAGUUCCAAAGUCGUAGACCCUGGUGAGAAUGCCCACGAGGAGAGAAGUGUCCGAAGGGCAACAUUAGAAGCGUCUCUUCGUGACGUUCUAUUUCAGAUUAUAAGAUUUGUGAAUGACAAGAAAGAACAUGUUCCUCCAAUACCAAAUCGAGAAGGGGUCAUCUCAUUCCCCUACGAGAUUACUAUCCCAAGUUCCUCGGAUUCUGCUUUUGGAAUGGACAUGAUUAAGAGAAUGCUGCAGACUGGACAUCCCACCAUGCUCAGCUGAAUAUCCAAUCACUAGAUGCUUCCUUUGACAUCAUACUAGUUAAGGUACCCUUUACAUGGAUGAUGAUUGCCACGGCAAGUUCAGAGUUCAAUUCGCUUAGGGGACAAAGGUUUACUUUUAUGUGUUCCGGGUUUUCAUCUCCGUAAAUAUGUUCCUUUUAUGUACAUUACGUUUCUGCUUUUCCUUGAAUAGUUAUGUCACGCUUAUGAAUCUGAGACCGUGAUCUUGUAUAUAUCUUCUUGAUACUGCUUAGUCUAUGUGAAGAUAAACUACUUUCAAAUCGUACCGUAAUGUUGAAACUUCUGC